AUGCUCAAAGUCACGGUGCCCUCGUGCUCCGCCUCGUCCUGCUCUUCGGUCACCGCCAGUGUGGCCCCGGGGGCCGGGAGCCUCGUCCCGGAUUACUGGAUCGAAGGUUCCAAUAGAGAUGCUUUGAGCGAUUUCUUCGAGGUGGAGUCGGAGCUGGGACGGGGUGCUACAUCCAUUGUGUACAGAUGCAAACAGAAGGGGACCCAGAAGCCUUAUGCUCUCAAAGUGUUAAAGAAAACAGUGGACAAAAAAAUUGUAAGAACUGAGAUAGGAGUUCUUCUUCGCCUCUCACAUCCAAACAUUAUAAAACUUAAAGAGAUAUUUGAAACCCCUACAGAAAUCAGUCUGGUCCUAGAACUGGUCACGGGAGGAGAACUGUUUGACAGGAUUGUGGAAAAGGGAUAUUAUAGUGAACGAGAUGCUGCAGAUGCUGUUAAGCAAAUCCUGGAGGCGGUUGCCUACCUACAUGAAAAUGGGAUUGUCCAUCGUGAUCUCAAACCAGAGAAUCUUCUCUAUGCAACUCCAGCCCCAGAUGCACCACUCAAAAUCGCUGAUUUUGGACUCUCUAAAAUUGUGGAACAUCAAGUACUCAUGAAGACAGUGUGUGGAACCCCAGGGUACUGCGCACCUGAAAUUCUUAGAGGCUGUGCCUAUGGACCUGAGGUGGACAUGUGGUCUGUAGGAAUAAUCACCUACAUCUUACUUUGUGGAUUUGAACCAUUCUAUGAUGAAAGAGGUGAUCAGUUCAUGUUCAGGAGAAUUCUGAAUUGUGAAUACUACUUUAUCUCCCCCUGGUGGGAUGAAGUAUCUCUAAAUGCCAAGGACCUGGUCAGAAAACUAAUUGUUUUGGAUCCUAAGAAACGGCUGACUACCUUCCAAGCUCUCCAGCAUCCAUGGGUCACAGGUAAAGCAGCCAAUUUUGUACACAUGGAUACUGCUCAAAAGAAGCUCCAAGAAUUCAAUGCCCGGCGCAAGCUUAAGGCAGCAGUGAAGGCCGUAGUGGCCUCUUCCCGGCUGGGCAGUGCCAGCAGCAGCCACGGCAGCAUCCAAGAGAGCCAGAAGGCCAGCCAAGCUCCGGCUCUGACCCAGGAUGGCAGAGAAGAUGUUAAAGCUAUUUCGGAAGGAGAGAAAGCUCAAGGAGGUGGGGCCCAGGUGGCAGUUGAGGGGGCAGAGGCUGAGCUGAUGAAGGUACAGGCCGUAGGGGAAGUUAAAGAUGCUGAUAGAAAGGCUACCAACAUGAUGCCCAAGGCACUAGAGGAUGGGAUAAAGGCGGUUGACCCGGAAAUAGAGGAGGGCCUAAUAGAGGAGAAGUUGAAGACCAUGGAGGAAGCAGCAGUCCCCAAAGAAGGGCAAGAAAACCCGGCUCUGGGAUUUGGAGCUCAGCAGAAUGACAUGAUCCUGCCAGAAUACUGA